AUGCCUUAUCGCCGCCUUGUCGCCUCCAGCAUUUACAGAUACAUCACUCAUCCAUCCAACUCAAAUAUCAAAUCAGCAUCUGCCGAUCAGCCAGCUGCCUCCUGUCUGGGGCUUUUUGACAGUCUCGCUUUCAAAAAUUCUCUACAACGCAGUCGCGACAAUCAAACUAGCACCACAGCGCGACCAUGUCCGAACGAAAGGUACUCAGGUAAGUCUACCCAACAACUCGAAAAUGGACCCAGAAACCAGCUAACAUCACACAGCAAAUACUACCCUCCCGACUUCGACCCGUCGGCGAUCGGCAGGACACCGAAGCAUUUGAGACAGACUGGUCCCAAGGUCAUCACUGUCCGUCUCAUGGCUCCCUUCUCCAUGAAAUGCACUCACUGCGGCGAAUACAUCUACAAAGGCCGCAAAUUCAACGCGCGCAAAGAAACCACAGACCAGAAAUACCUCAACAUCCCCAUCUACCGCUUCUACAUCCGCUGCACGCGCUGCAGCGGCGAAAUUACCUUCCUGACAGACCCCAAGGCAAUGGACUACAAGGCGGAAAAGGGAGCAAAGCGCAACUUCGAGCCAUGGCGGGACGCCAAGAAUGAUAUCGAGGAGACGGAACAGGAGACGCUGGACCGGCUGGAGCGCGAGGAGAAUGAGGAGCAGGAGCGGUUGGAACGGGAUAAGAUGGCCGAGCUGGAGGAGAAGAUGCUCGAUUCGAAGCGUGAGAUGGCGAUCGCGGAUGCACUGGAUGAGAUCCGGACGCGGAAUGCGCGGAUCGAGCGAAAUGAGGCGCUCAGUGGUGACGUGGCAUUGGCUCAUGUUCGGAAUGAGGUAGAUGAGGCGCGGCUGAGGGAGGAGAAAGAAAUUGAGGAGGCUGCCCGGAGGGCAUUCACAACGGAGACGGGCGAGAAGGUGAAGAGACUUGUGGAAGAUGACACAAUCGCUGGGACGACGCCGGGCUCGAGUCAGACGGAAACGCCCCCUCCGCCCUCAUUCGCUAGGGUUAAGAAGCCCAAAAAGCCUCUGAUCAAUGGUUUAGGCAUCAAAAAGAAGCCCAAGCCGUCUUUGGUAUAA